AUGAACUGGUGUUUACUUCUAACCAUGCUGUGCAUGGCCACAUUCCAAACGCAUUCCAUUAAAAUUGGAAUUUCGCACAACUACAAUACCUCAGAGACUACGAUCCCGACAUCCACCACCACGGAAUCCACAGCCACGACUAUUUCUUCUGUAAGCAGUGAAGCGAGUAGCUCCAUCGGCCCGUUUCCAGAGUUGGCCAGUACUGUUGGAAACACGUUUCCACCACGAGUACAACAGAAGCCCAGGGCCACAUUAGCAUCACCAACCACGCUGGGCCCCCCAGUGGUAGCCCAGCCCUUGAACGUCACUGCAGUGCCAGCUUCCUUACCUAUACCCAAGGAUAAUAGAUUGUACUACUGCCCCUGCGAUGUGCAAUCGAACAUAUGCGACCUGAACUGCUGCUGUGAUAGCGACUGCCCCGCCGAAACUCGUCAGGUGUUUGACUGCGUGUCCAGCACGUCUUUUCCGCAGUUGCAAUCCCGACUGGAGGACUUCCAGUACACCCAUGGCUUGCCAACCUGUCAGAACAACGACGGGUGGUUGUGCGUCUUUCGCAGCAACACCAAGCCCACGAAGACACAUCCGCAGAACACUAAUUACGAUACUUUGCAGCGUUCAAAAUGGACGAAUUACUUGGGAGCUCAUGACACGGAACCGCCUCAAUCCCAAAAUUACUAUAAGAUCGGACAGCCCCUGCAACUGUGGCAGCCAGAGACAAGAGCGUCUACUACUUUCGAGCUGCCCGCCGCCUACGGGAGCUCCCACUGUCAGCUGAAGCAGCCGAUUCGACAUCUGCAGCCGAGCAGGAGCCACUGUCGGAUGAAGGACUCCACCCAGCUGCAAGAGAGUCUUUGGGCUUUGCUCAAUCUUACCUCCACGAAUCAAUUGCUGCCCAAGCCCCUCGAUCUAGAAGAACAGGAUGUAGAGGGACUAAUCAUUCAAGUUUGUCAGAGAAAGGACGAUAAGUCCUUACACUGCCUGGAGCGGGGAAACGAAACCCAACUAGACAUUAUAGUGGAUAAAGUAGAACUUCUCGUGAUCCACAAUUUCACAAAUAUUCUGGAGGCGAAGAUUUAUUUAGAGGAGGUAAGUCCGGCAGGGGAUGACGAGCCAUUUUGGUUGUAUCUCGAGGUCCGAUUCAUGGCGCCAAACGAUUCGCUGGCCAAGCCAACUUCGGGCCCACUCGGUUACUUGCCUGGCUCCCCCGUUAUACUCUCCAGAAUUCUGCCCCAGAACAGCAGCGAGGACGCACAGCAGUUAAGCUAUUUCCGUUCAAGGCGAAAUCAGGAAGGGUUUUACUGGCUUCCACUGCCCUCCCGUUCAUUUCAAGAAAGGAUCUGCGAGCGCACUCGGGACCCCAGGCAAGUCCUGCGCUUCGGAGUCGACGUCCUUACCCGAUGUCAGUUGAAGCAAGCAGCGCCCGUUCUCCAGGAAGAUGCCAACCACACCGAAUACUGUCAGGGCCUGCAAGCCCGAAUAUGGAGCCAGCUGUUGCCCUCCGAUUGUAGUCACCUGGAUGACCUCGAAAAGGUUCUGGUUUCGCAGCUGGGCAGACCGCAGCCGGACAAGUGGCUGCCCAUGCAGUUGCGCUACCCAGAGAACGCCCAUGGCAAGCCACCGCCCGUUCAGGCGUCUUACAACACUGUAAGCCGAAGUCUGACCUGUCGCAAUAUCUUCCUUAACGUUGGCUACGAGUUUCACGUGGCAGAUGUGACCUUACUGGAGGGGAGAGCGCCUCAUCAGUGGGUCCUGCAGAACACCCGGCUGGUCCUGGGACAGCGGCAUGACCUGGAGUUCGACAUUAGCGAGCCGGAGGUGGCACUUCCCCUAAGUGUCUCCGCCAUGUUCUACCAAAUGCAAAGUAAGGCUCUAAGUGGGACAGCCGGAAUGGUGCACGCUCGACAUGGAGUGCUACUCGCAAUUCUUUGUGCAUCAUCUUCGAUGAUAAGAUUUGAUAAAUAAAACACAUAUACAGAA